GAGCUACUCGGAGCCAAUCAGGCCGCCUGGCGGGGCAUGUUUGUAGAGUUGUUGAGCUGAGGUGUCACAGUGUCGUUAAAACAUUAUAACUUUAAUGUUAAGUAUGGCUUCAUUUGUCACCGAAGUGCUCGCCAGCUCUGGCAAGCUAGAGAAAGAGGACCUGGCCAGUAAAAUAAACAAAAUGUCGCGAAAAGUGGAAGAUACAAAGGAAGAAGUAUGUGACAUGAUAAACAAGAGAUACAAUGAAUUCCUACCAAGCUUGCAAGGAUCAGAGGACCUAAUGCUACAAGUUGAUUCAGUCUCCAAAGAAAUGGAUGCUUUAAAAAACUGCAUUGAGACGGAGGUGCAACAAAACAUCCACGUGGCUGUGGCCGAAUACACAAAGCUGAAGCAUCAGCUGGAGAAAAACACUAUAAUCAUGAAUAUGCUUGAACACUUAAAAGAGUUUCACAGCUCAAUGGAGAAGUUCAAAGAAGCAUUACACGAGAAGAAGUAUGUCGAUGCAGCCAGUCAUCUGGAACGGGCAAGGACCAGUGUGGCUUCACUGAAGGACUGGAAAACCUCUCAGCUGCCGCUGCUCAGUGCUCUGAGCUCCGAGCUGACAGUCCAAAGAGAAAACUUAAUUUACCAUUUGGGAGAUGAAUGGAAGCGCCUCGUUGUUUGGAAGUUACCGUCUAUGAAUGAGCCUGCAGGUCAGAAUUGCUUGCUGAAGGUGGAGCUGAGGCUUAAUUAUACCUUCAGUAAAGAUGAUGACCCGAAGUCUCCUGAGCUGUUGCGCUGCGUCCUGCAAGCUCUGGCCGUUCAGGGAGAUCUUCAGCACAAGAUCAAACUGUUCAGUCAGGUGCUGUUGAAGAACAUGUUGAAGCCGCUGGUGAUGUAUGCCUCGCUGUCAGUGAGAGUGACAGAGGCUGAGGGAACCAUCCUGGCCUUGCAGUGUUUGGAGGAGAGCCAGGAGGAGCGAUCCACUCCUUCACAGGUCUACAACAAACUCCUGCUGGUGCUCACGACACUGCACUCACACCUGCUAGAUGUACCCGUUGGGGAUAGAAAACUCUCAGCCAUUUUGGGGGAACUGAUUUGGGAGGAACUGUCACAGUGUAUCAUCCAUGAGUGUCUCGUCUAUUCCAUCCCCACCAACAGCAGCCAGCUGGAGAAAUACAACACUGUGAUUAAGGAAACAGAGGAGUUCGAGAAGGCACUGAAGCAAAUGGAGUAUCUGCAGGGUGAUUCCACAGAUCUGCUGAAAUAUGCCAGAGAUGUUAACUGUCACUUUGCCAGCAAGAAGUGCAAAGAUGUCAUCAUUGCAGCACGCAAGCUCAUGACCUCCAAGAUGCACAACACUGUAAAGAUCACACCAGAAUCAAAGCUGCGUCUCCUCAAGCUGCCCGCUCCAGGUUCGGAGGUAAAGUUGAAACCGGAGACCGUGAAGGAGGAGGUGAUAAUGGAGAACUCAAAGCAGCUGUCUGCAUGGAGUCUGCGUCUGCCAGCCUGUCGCAUCAGUGAGUCGGUGCAGCAGCUGAUGGAGCUGGCAGUCAACACCCUGUAUGAAGCUGUUGGAAGCUCCACUCAAUGUGCCUUGCAACUCUUCUUCACCGUGAGAAACAUUUUCCAGCUGUUCUACGAUGUUGUUCCGACAUACCACAAAGAGAACCUGCUCAAGUUUCCUCAUCUAGCUGCCAUCCAACAUAACAACUGCAUGUACCUGGCUCAUCACCUGCUCACCCUGGGUCACCACUUCAGAGCCCACCUGCCACAGCCUCUCAGUGAGAGCGUUGCAACUUUUGUUGACUUGGUGCCUGGAUUCAGGAAAUUGGGUGCCCAGUGCUUCUUAGCCCAGCUGAAUGUUCAGAGAGCUGAACUGCUGGAGAGACUUUCUACCGCUCACAACUUCUGCAACCUGGAUGAUGAAGACAACUACAUUGCAGCCAGCAAAGCAGUGCGGCAGGUCAUUCAUCAGCUGAAACAGCUGGGGACGGUGUGGCAGGAUGUCCUUCCAGUUAGCAUCUACUGCAAAGCUAUGGGGACCCUCUUCAACACCGCCAUCACAGAAAUCAUCGCCAAAAUCAUGAUGCUUGAGGAUAUUUCCUCAGAUGAUGGAGCGCACCUCCACACCCUGUGCCAAACCAUCAUUGAGGAAGGCUUGCUGGUCUUCACCCCUCUGGCUGAAGAAAAGAAGAAUAAGAAAUACCAGGAGGAGGUUCCCCUCUAUGUGAAAAAGUGGAGCACCUUCAAGGAGCUCGUCAUCGUGCUGCGGGCGACCCUGCAGGAGAUCGUUGACAGAUGGGCUGAUGGUAAAGGUCCACUGGCGGUGGAGUUCUCCAGUUCGGAGGUGAAGAAUCUGAUCCGAGCCUUGUUUCAGAACACAGAAAGGAGAGCCUUCGCUCUGACCAAAAUCAAAUAGAUGCUUGGAAUAAAUGACAGCUAAGAAUAACCUUCACUCAUUUCCAUGUAUAUUAUAUUGAUGUGUAGAAUGAAAAGGUUGUCAGAGGGACAUCCGAUGGAGAUGCUGCCGUCAGGGAUCUAAUCUGGCUGUAGAGUACAGGCUCAUCUGUACGUCAGCGUUUCAUAGCCUUAUUCACACAGACGGGACGUUUUCAUCUGCAGUCAGCUGAGGUUGUUUAGUUUCUCUUUUCAGGGUUAAUCAGACUUCAACUUAAGUUUGCUUCAGUAAGUUUUUCUGUUAACGUCAUUUCAGAAGUUUUGGUGAAGUUAUGGGCAUGAAGAAGUUACCGCUUUACUAAAUUUCCUUGAAAAAGCCAUUUAACUGAAGUUUUCUGUGAUGUUACAUAAACAAAUAAAAGGAGAAUCAGC